CGACGGAGUGCUCAGCGUGUGGGAAGAGGCGAGCCCUUUGAACGGAGAGCCCUGGCAGGGGCGAAGGCGGGGCGGGGGCCCCCUAAUGGCCUCGGCCCGCAGAUCGCCCUGGGGUCGGUGCACGUGAUCGACGCUGGGGAGACGGCUCUGGUGGAGGGGCUGCGCGCGGCGCCCUGGGAGUGUGGCAAGGGCGUGGCUGGGAUGCUGCAGCGCCUCUGCUCGCAGCUGGUCAAGCGAAGGCACCCGGGGAUCAAGGUGGCACGACUCACCCGGGACGACCAGCUGGGGUCCCGGGAGCUGAAGCAAUAGCACCUAAUCACCAAGCAGGGCAUCCUUUUGGUCCAGCUCAACGUGUCGGCCCUGCUGGAGGGGCUGGGCGCGCGGCUGGCGGCUCUGCGGGCCUUCUCGCCGCUGCCCACGGAGGCCGUGUCGGAGGCUGGCGGCGUCGUGGCCGCCUCCCUGCUGUCGCCCUCUGUGCAGCGCGACGUGCUUCCGGGCGGGACCAUCAUCCAGGACUGGCAGCCCUACCGGCCGAGCGAGAGUAACUUGAGCCUGCUGGCGGCCAAGGGCCUGGAGUGGCGCGUGAACAGCCGCGCGCGCCCGCGCGUGCUCACGCUGUGCACGCGCCCCUUCCCCAUCCCACCUGGCGGCAACGGCACGUGGCGCUACGUCAACAUCUACACCUUCGUCAGCGAAGGCGCGCAGGUUCAGAGCCAGCUUCUGUGGCAUCUGCAGCGCCAGGCCCCGCGUCUCGUCCACCUCAACGUCAUGUGCCAGCUCUUCCUGGCGCCCCAGCUGUGGUUACAGCUGGCUGAUUUCUGCCAGGCUGGCUUGGGGCUCGAGCUGGUCAAGGGUUAUACCGAACAAUACGUGCUGGAGGCCGACAUCUAAGGCCUCUCCAGUCGGAGGGGAGAGAAGAUGCACUUUAGACCCACCUCCUUCCUCGUAUCCCCCCAAAGCCCCGCCCCUGCUGUUUUCAAGCUCCGCCCCUCCCCCUGCCCUCGGCCAUCGGCUCUGCCGCCUACAUUUACCCGCAGUCCAUCCUUCCCUCCCCUUUUCCCCUCACAUCUCUGUCUGCCAUCUUGACUCUAGCGCCCCCAAACGCAGUUGCCCACAAUCUGAUCUGAACCGCCGGGUUUGGGGAAGCCACUCGCGCUUCUGUUGUCCACCCAUUCCCUCUCCCUACCAAAGAAUGGGUUCCUUCACAGCUUCGGAGCCUUUCCCUGUCCGUGCCCCAGCCUGGGAGUGUACUCUGCCCUUUGUGGCUUCUCCCUUCUGCCCCGUCGUGGAUGGAAGCUGGCAGAGUGUGUGCAAUGCCCAGUACCCGGCCAGGAGCACAGUUGCCUAAUACGUAUUACUUUUCUUGCUCCCGAUCUUUCUCAGGCCCCCAGAGCUUGCUCUCUGCUCCUCUCCUCACCGUCCUCUCAGUCUCCCGUGCCUGGACCUCUCUUAGUUCUCCGUUGUCCAUUUGUCUGCCCCUCCAUUCCCCUUCUCCAUGGUCUCUUCAUCACCCGCCCUGUGUGUAAUAUGGAGAAGGACCUGUAAAGGAAAUAGAUUUAUAAUGCCCCACCCCCAUUUGGCCCCUGCUUACGCUCUGGUGAUGCACUUUUCUGAGGCUGCCUCCUCUGACUGGGGUUUCCUCCAACUUUGCACAGUGGUGCUAUUUUGCAGGCUCCCUUCCCUAUGCCCCCAACCAGGGACCCGAAGCAGGCCCGUGAACCAGAGGGUUCUGGGUGGAGAGCCUGGUGUAGUGGAGGGCAGGUCGCUCAGCCUGGUGCGAGUCUGUCUCCUGCUUCUACCCAGGCUGACUCCUAGCGUGACUGGAACCCCCUCCUCCAGAUAUUUCUGGACACCCCUCCCAUCCUCUUGUUCCUUUAUGCUUUUUGUGGACUUUGACAGUCUUCUAUUUAAAUGCAAGUAGUAACAGCUGCAUUUGCACAGCGAUGUCUCCUACACGGGAUCCUCACGUCUCCCGCAGAGGGAGGAGAGAGAGGCUCAGACUCAAGUGCCUUCCAAGUGGCUCACAAUAGCUGGUAGCCUGGCAGAGACUAGAAACCAGGUGUCCCCAGCCCAGAGCAUACCUCAGAACCUCACUGUAGCUGGAACUUCUUGUUGGACAAUGGACAGCGAGCACAGGGUUCGCUGGGGAUGGAAUCAAAGACAUGGACAGAGGAGGGCGCCAGGAGGUGGAAGAAGGUGGACAAAGCAGACAGCCGCUGCUCCCUUCUUUCCCCCCCGUUCCGGCUGCGCUGCUGUGCCUUGCUUGGCUGCCUCCUGCACCUAACCAAGCUGCCCUCCUCCCUGUCACUUCAACCAUGGCUGUACUGCAAUAAAACGGGCCCUUGGCCCACCUUCUGUGUCUGUUUCACUUCUUCUCGGUGGGGAGGGAUGAGCUGCAUUGUCCUCUCCCCCUUCCCCAGCAGCCUGUAUCAGAGAGGAUCUCUAAGCCCUGUGGCACUGGGGCUAAUGACUUCCUGGAGGGGAGCUGGGGAGGGCUGCUGGCCGUUGCGCGCCCCUACCCCCCACACCAGCCAAGCGGCAGAAAGAAUUGAUUGCUCAGAACCGAGGCGGGCAGCGGCACGGCGCUUGGACUAGCCCCCGGCCUCGCUUUCCCCUGGACCUGGGAGUCUGCCGCUGCUCCAAAUUCUUGCUCUCUCGCAAGUUCCCCUUGGCAUCCAGAACCAGCCUGCCUCAUUCCCACGAUCCAGACAUCUAACUCCCAGCUCUCGGCUCUCUCGCGGCCAGCGCCCUUGCUUUCUCCCCAUUCCUGGGUGGGCACCGCACGGAGGGGGAAGAGGUGGAGGGAGCCUGGGCGCCGCCCCGCGGGAGCAGAGCUCCGAAGCGGCGGAGACUGCGAUCCCGAAAAGUACCACGCGGGGGCGCCAGGACGUGUGCGGACGCGGGCAAGGCAGCGCAAGGUGGUUUCCGUCCGUGUGAGUGUGUCCAUGGGCGUCUUUGUGUGUCUGUGUUUCUGUACAUGUGUGUACGAAUCAGGGGGUGUCUGGGUGGGAUAUAUUCGGGGCUACGGGCCUGGCGUACCCCAGAAUCAGGUACUCCAAGUGGCUUCUUGACAAGGAGGCGCUUGAUAGGUUACUAUGUACGUGUGGAUGGGGAAGCAGGGGACUGUGUGUAUCGUCGCGUAUGCAAGGCAUAGCCUGUGAGUCUUGGAUUUUUGAAGUUAUAUUCCUUUAGGGCUUUUAUGUCCUCCCACCAUCCUGUGUAAAAGGAAUCGAGGGCUCUCAACCUGAACCUCCAUUACACUGGUCACAUCUUCAGCAUGUGCCUGGACAGGUGACUCUGCUGGACUAGGUGUGACAUUGUGUUUGUGUAAGUGGGUGUGUCUCAGGAUAUCAGUGUAACUCUGAAUGAUACUGUUGUUUGUGUGUUUGUGUGACAGGUGGAUGCUGGAGGAGGCUGGUUCAGGAUUAUGGAAGUACAAAAUUUCCUUUCUCCUGUUAGCUUGUGGAUACCACCUUCAGGGGUGUGUGUGUGUGUGUGUGUGUGUGUGUGUGUGUGUGUGUGUUCCUUUCUCCGUCUUUCCAGUGGCUGUCUCUGUGUCUCUCCUCAUCUCUGUCUCUUUCCCUCUUUCUCUUUUCCUUUCUUGGUGACUCAUCUCUGCGGCUUUGCCCUCCCCCAGCUUGCUGGGUCUCCCCUCCCCCACCCAGGAGUGGGUGGGGGUAUGAAGGAAUGGGACCCUGGGACUAAAAAUCAGGGUGAGCACCCCUUUAUUACUCAUCAUUCCCAGACCCACCAGUGGCCCGUAGCUCUCUCCCAGUCCCCUUCCCAGGACUCCCCACCCUCCUGAACUGGGGUGGGCAGGGGAUAGGCAAUGAUGUGUUCUAAUGGGGUCAUUUCCACGGGGUUCUUCAGCACUUUCUUUCAAUUCAAGGUGGAGACCCCUGCCUUUCUCAUAAAGUGCCCCUCCCUGCCUGUCCCCCCCAUAGCUGACGCAUUGAAAGGCUGCAGAGGUGAGUCACCGGUUGCGGGGAAGGGAGGA